CGAAAAUGUUCCCUCGGUUAAAUUAAAAGAAUUAGGUACGCUAUCCCACCCAUUACACACCCUCUCCCUCCGGUAGGGUUCUUCUCUUCUCUCGCAAUCCAAACCCAUAACACAUCCUCUUCCUCCGGUAGGGUUCUGCUCUUCUCUCUCAAUCCAAAUCCAUUCCAUCUUCAAUCUCCGCCAUCACCUAAUCUCUGUGCAAUUCCGCACACACUACUCCGCAAAGCGCGUUCAAGUUCCCUUCUUCAUCGUUCGCGUUUUUCUCUUUCUUCAUGGAUGAGUUUGGUGCCGCUGCUCCGAACACUGAAGAUCACAAACAAUUCGGACACGCUUUCAAAGUUACAACAAUCGCUUCGUUCUUGUUCCGCGUUCUUUGAUUCAGUUUGUGCAUGUAGAUCUAGUCUUGCUCAGGAGUUUGAUCACCAAAAAAAAGACGGGGAAAUUAAAUUACUUGCUCUGCAUUUCAAGUUCUGUUUUUUUUAAUACCUCUACUUCACAGCAACAGAAUGAGUUUUCGUAAGAAGGUGUAUUUGAUGCAUCACAAUAUGCAUUCUUUGGUAAAGAUGUUGCUGAGGAAGUUGAGUUGAGGGGGUUAGAAGAUGAAGAUGACUAUAAGGCUAUGCCUGCUGCUGAGUUCAAGGAGGAAGAUUUCUUACUCAAUAAAGAAGAGGCAGUGGAUGUAAGAUCUCUUUCCGAUAUUGAUGAUCUCACUACCACUUUUUUAAAGUUGAACAAGGCUGUUAGUGGACCAAGAAGUCCAGGAGUUAUUGGUGAACGGGGAUCAAGAGAAAAUUUUACAGAUUCCUCUGCUUCUGAAUGGUCACAAAGGGAUGACAUUCCCUACUGGUUUGAUCAGCAUGCUUACGACCCUGAAGGGCAAGGCUUUCAGGAUGGAAAAAGAUGGUCAUCACAUCCCCAUUCUUCUCUAACUCAGCUACAUGACUCAAGGCCCUUGUACAGAACAUCUUCAUAUCCUGAGCAGCAACGACAGCUGCAACACCAACUUCAACAUUGCUCUAGUGAACCUGUUUCAAACUGGUUUGAUCAGCAUUUUAAUGAUAGUGAAACUACUGAGGAUGGAAAGAGAUGGUCAUCACAGCCACAUUCCUCCAUUGCCCACUUACAAGAAUCAAAGCCCUUGUAUAGAACAUCAUCAUAUCCUGACAAGCGACAGGAGCUUACUCGUUUUUCUAGUGAACCUAUUUUGGUACCAAAAUCUUCAUAUACUUCCUAUCCUCCCCCUGGUGGUAGGUCCCAACAGUCUUCUCCAAAUCACAGUACAGGUCGUUUGAACAUUCCCUUUCAUGCUGGAGGAGAUCACAUGGCUUUGCCAUCUCAAAAUCAUUCUCAUUUGUUCAAUUCUGCUCUACAGUUGAGUGGAUCGAAACAUGAGUCACUUUUUAGUGGAAAGGUGGGUCAAUUUACUGCCGGCUCCCAUCUAAAUUAUCAAAUGCAGAAUCCCUGGGUCAACCAAUCAGGGUUGUAUUCUGGAGAUCAUCCAAACCUCCUCAGUAAUAUGUUGCAGCAACAAUUACACCAUCGUAGUGGAUCAUUAUCACCUCAUUUGUUGACCCAAUUGCAGCAACAGCAGCAUAGAUUGCAUCAUCCCAUUCUGCAAUCAGGAAGCUACAUGUCAGGUUUCCAAUCCCAUUUAAUUAACCCUCAACUUUCUUCUGGAUCAUCCAUGGUUAGCAAAUAUGAACAUAUGCUUGGUCUUGCUGAUGUUAGAGAACCCAGACCAAAAUCAACUCAUAAGGGUAAACAGAGUCAUCGUGUCUUUCAACAGGGUUCCGAUGCAAGUAGCCAGAAGAAUGAAAGUGGUUCAUUACACUUUAGGUCCAAGUAUAUGACUAGUGAUGAAAUUGAGAGUAUUCUUAAAAUGCAGCUAGCUGUGACUCAUUGUAAUGAUCCCUAUGUUGAUGACUAUUAUCACCUAGCUUGUCUUUCUAAAAAAACUGGUGCUAAGUUGAAAAAAUCAUUUUGCCCAACCCAAAUAAAGGAACUUCCUUCUCGAGCCCGCUCCAAUACAGACUCCCAUGGUUUUCUUCAGGUGGAUGCUUUAGGGAGGGUUUCAUUCCUGGCUAUUCGCCGGCCUCAUGCUCUGCUUGAAGUUGAUCCGUCAAACAGUGGUAUCUCUGAGCGAAAUAUUUCUGAGAAGGCCCUUGAGCAGGAGCCUCUGUUUGCAGCCAGAGUGACAAUUGAGGAUGGUCUAUGUCUUGUUCUUGAUGUAGAGGAUAUUGAUCGUUUUCUACAGUGUAAUCAACUGCAAGAUGGUGGAACUCAAUUAAGACGAAGACGGAAGGUCCUUUUGGAAGGACUAGCAACAUCACUCCAACUUGUUGACCCACUGGGAAAGAAUGGACACAAAGUUGGGUUUGGUGCUAAGGAUGAUGUUGUUUUCUUACGAUUAGUAUCUAUAGCCAAAGGGCGUAAACUCCUAGCAAAGUAUCUUCAGUUACUUGUUCCUGGUAGUGAGCUUAUGCGGAUAGUCUGCAUGGCCAUUUUCCGUCAUUUGAGACUCUUAUUUGGUGGUCUGCCCUCUGAUCCAGCAGCUGCAGAGACUACAAGUGACCUUGCUAAGGUUGUUUGUCAGUGUGUCCUAGGAAUGGAUCUUGGUGCCCUAGGUGCUUGUCUUGCAGCAGUGGUUUGUUCGUCUGAGCAGCCUCCUCUACGUCCCCUUGGAAGCACCGCUGGGGACGGUGCCUCCCGUAUUUUAGUAUCUGUCCUUGAGAGGGCCACUGAACUUCUUACCGAUCCCCAUGGUGCUGGGAGCUAUGUAGGUAAUCGUUCGUUUUGGCAGGCCUCAUUUGAUGAAUUUUUUGGCCUUCUCACAAUGUAUUGCAUGAAUAAAUAUCAGAGUAUCAUGCAAUCAUUGCUUGUACAAGGGAUGGAAAAUGUGUCUGUAAUUGGAUCAGAUGCUGCUAAAGCAAUCAGUAGGGAAAUGCCUGUUGAACUCUUGCGAGCAAGUCUUCCUCACACCAAUGAUCACCAGAGGAAAUUACUACUAGAUUUUGGUCAGCGCUCUGUGCCUGUGGUUGGAUUUAACAGUUAUACUGGGAGCAGUAGUGGUCAUGUGAACUCAGAGACUGUGCUAAGUUGAUAGAUGAUUGGAGAGAAGUCCUCCUAAUUAUAAUGGUUUGUGUUGAAGGUUUCAUCAACUGUACAACUUUGUAUCUGUACUUGAGUAUAUCUGGAGCAAACUGAAGUGGAAGUGCAAGUUGCUUCUAUGGUAGAGGUUUCUGCCCCUUUUGUAUAUUUAUCAUAGUGCCAUAACGAUGUGGUAGCAUUAUGAUAUAUUUGCAAUCAGGCUCUCCAUGUAUUAUGAUAUAUUCAGCAUUAUCUGUUCCCUCAUGUCUUUUCUUUUACUCAUGACAGGGGAGCUUAUUCUAUUACUGUGUCUGGUAUAAACUUUUAGUGGUUAGCCUGUACAGGUUUAGGCACAUAUUUGAUUCCCAUGUUUCCUUUCUGUUAUAUAUACAAGUUGUGGGGUUGCUUGUAUUCAAAUUUACUCCUGAUAGGUCACCGUUCUAGUGGAAGUGGCAUUGGGUGGGUGGUGCCAUAAACUUUACCGGGAAACAUGUUGACAAGUUGGAGGUACUGAAAUACAUAGGAACAAAUGUUGAAUAAAUUAUGUUGACGCGUAUUUUUAUCUCAUCAUUUCAAAAUUUGUUAAUAGGUAGAUGUGUUUUCUUA